AUGGACCCAGACGAAUUCGUAUCUAUUUACACCAACCAGGUGGGGUUAUAUUCCACGGACGACGCCGUCCUAUGUAAGUCGUUUUCGGUGGCCCUCAGAGGGUCGGCUUUAGAGUGGUUCAUGAGCCUUCCUCGCUACACCAUUGACUCCUUCACCACGCUUACCACCACCUUCACCACCCAGUUCGACACGAGUCGUCGCCACGACCUCACCACAAUUGCCCUCCUCAAUCUCAGGCAGGAGGAGGGAGAACCUCUCCGAGUUUUUAUCGACAGAUUUGGCGCCAUAGCCAUGAAAAUCAAGGACCUCACCCCCAAUCUCAUAUUGAUGUACAUGAUGACCUCCCUCCGGCCAGGACCCUUUGCUGAUGAGUUAGCAAUGCGUCCCCCCAUAAGCAUGCAGGAGCUUAGGAAAAGAGCGGCCAUGUUUAUCAGAGUUGAGGACAUGAGGCGAUACCAAAGUAACGCUCAGACCCCCUCAGCACAAACCAACAUCAUGAGGCCUAAUAAAGAGCGUCCGCGCCCCCCCCCCCCCCCCCCCCCCCCGCGUGAACAGAACCGUCCGAUGGAGCGAAGACCCGCUAAGUUCUCCAACUACGCUCCCUUGAACGCACCCAGAUCUCGCAUACUAGACGAAGUCCUGCAGGCAGAACUCAUCCCCCCGCAUAGGAAGUACCAAAACCCACCUAAUGUGGACCUGAGCAAGUACUGCCAUUACCAUCACAACAACGACCAUACGACUGAUGAAUGCGAUACACUGCGGGACAAGAUAGAAGAACUCGUGCGGGCUGGACAUCUCAAACAUUACAUAAGAGAAACCGGGGAAGGCCCACCCAGACCUCGUUAUGAGAGAAAUGACAAUAGGCGAGUCGAGCAACGAACGGACCAGCGAACUGAGCGCAGAGAGCCAAGAAGAGAACCCGCAAGAACCCAACAUACAGAACAAAGAGCGCCAGCUCAACCACAACCCAGACGAACCGACGAUAGACCACCCCUACGCGGAACAAUCAAAACCAUAUCUGGAGGAUUUACCGGAGGAGGGAGGUCAUCCUCCUCCAGGAAAAGGCACCUAUGA